AGGAUUCUGGGAGUGGUAGUUCGGCCUCAAGGUUGGCCGGCGCUAGGCGUCCCCGCCGGCUGUUAGAUGCCUUUGUCGUCGGGCUCGGCUUCCUCAGUGUGUGGCUGGAGGUCGAACCCAGGGUAGAGGAGGGCUGAACGCAUCCCCUUUUAAUCUGAGUGUCCGGGAGGAGGGUGGCGGGAGGACCCCCGGGUGGGGGCGCCAGGCUGCCCACGCGUGCGUUCCCGGCCUCUUGGGGGACCCGAGCGGCGGACCUCCGGCCCCUUCCGCUGUCGCGGUUGCCUCCAGCGCGGGCCGGAGGAAGGAGUCUCCAUGGAACCUGGGGGCAGAGGAUCACUUUUUGAGGACUCAGACCUUCUCCAUGCUGGAAACCCAAAAGAAAAUGACGUGACUGCUGUGCUGCUGACCCCUGGGUCCCAAGAAUUGAUGAUCAGGGAUAUGGCCGAGGCUCUCACCCAGUGGAGGCAGCUGAACUCUCCUCAGGGAGAUGUGCCUGAGAAGCCUAGGAAUCUGGUCUUGCUGGGGCUUCCAAUUUCCACACCUGUUGUAAUCUCUCAGUUGGAGCAUGAGGAAGAGCUGGAGAGAGAAGUCUCAAAGGCAGCCAGUCAAAAGCACUGGGAAACAAUACCAGAAAGCAAGGAGCUAACUCCAGAGAAGGAUAUUUCUGAAGAAGAAUCGGCUCCUGGGGUGUUAAUUGUAAGAUUUUCAAAGGAAAGUUCUAGUGAAUGUGAGGAUUCUUUAGAGAGUCAGCAGGAAAACCAUGAGAAACAUUUAAUACAAGAGGCUGUCACUGAGAAAUCUUCUAGGGAGAGAAGCUACCAAUCUGAUGAAUUUAGAAGAAAUUGCACUCAGAGGUCCUUACUUGUUCAGCAGCAAGGAGAGAGACUACAUCAUUGUGAUUCAUUUAAAAAUAACUUAAAACAAAAUUCAGAUAUAAUUAGGCAUGAGAGAAUUUGUGCAGGAAAGAAACCUUGGAAAUGCAAUGAAUGCGAGAAAGCCUUCAGUUACUACUCAGCUUUUGUCUUGCAUCAGAGAAUUCACACCGGAGAAAAACCCUAUGAAUGUAAUGAAUGUGGUAAAACCUUUAGCCAGAGCAUACACCUUACUCUGCACCAGAGAAUUCAUACUGGGGAGAAACCGUAUGAAUGUCAUGAGUGUGGGAAGGCCUUCAGUCACCGCUCAGCCCUUAUUCGGCAUCAUAUAAUUCAUACUGGAGAAAAACCCUAUGAAUGCAAUGAAUGCGGGAAGGCCUUUAAUCAGAGUUCAUACCUCACUCAACAUCAGCGAAUUCAUACUGGAGAGAAACCUUAUGAGUGUAAUGAAUGUGGGAAGGCCUUCAGCCAAAGCACAUUCCUUACCCAGCAUCAGGUCAUUCACACUGGAGAGAAACCUUAUAAGUGUAACGAAUGUGGCAAAGCCUUUAGUGAUCGGUCAGGUCUUAUCCAGCACCAGAGAACUCAUACUGGGGAGCGGCCUUAUGAGUGUAACGAAUGUGGGAAAGCCUUUGGCUACUGCUCAGCCCUGACUCAGCACCAGAGGACUCACACUGGGGAGAAACCCUAUAAAUGCAAUGAUUGUGCCAAAGCCUUCAGUGACCGCUCAGCCCUUAUUCGUCAUCAGAGAACACACACUGGAGAGAAACCUUACAAAUGUAAAGAUUGUGGAAAAGCAUUCAGCCAGAGCUCAUCUCUUACAAAGCAUCAGAAAACUCACACUGGAGAAAAGCCCUACAAGUGUAAGGAAUGUGGAAAAGCCUUUAGCCAGAGUUCAUCCCUCUCUCAACAUCAGAAAACUCAUGCUGGAGUGAAAACCAAGAAAUAUGUCCAAGCUCUUAGUGAGCAUUUAACCUUUGGCCAACACAAGAGAAUUCAUACUGGAUAAAGACUAUGUAAAUGUGGUACAUUCAGAGCAUAGUUAUUGAGCAUUUACCAUAGUUGCUGUGGGGGUCUACAAAGAAAUUUAAGACUGUGUUGCAAAAAAGUUACUGACAAGUUGUUGCUGAUGUGGGAGGUAGCAUGAUUUGACUGUAAAAGUAUAGUUUUACAUUUUUAAAAGUGUUCUUGCAGAGGACACUGACAUUCCCUCAGGAAAGAGGAAAAUUAUUUGUAACACCCUAACGUGUAUGUAAAUUGCCAUAUCCUUGGGAGAGAAAUGGGGUGUGCCAUGGUGGAAACGGGACAUCUUGACUGUGCCAGGUAUUUUCAUAAUACUAAGAAUAUAAGUUUUAAAGAGAUAAGUUAUCCUUUUAGGGAAGUUGCAUGGGUAGAAAAAAGAGAUUGAGAAUUCACAAUGAGUUUGUCCAGAGUCAGGAGUGGUGGUGGAAGGGAAGUUGUCCUUCAUUCUUAAGUUUAAGGAGCCAAAGGAAGUAGAGGGAAAGGAUAGAAAAAAAGAGCUAGGGGAAUGAACCCAAGAAAUGUUGAUUAUGAGAACUACUCAACUGAAUAUUCACAACCAUGAGAAAUAUAGACUUGCUAGUUGGUCAGUUGAAAAGUUUCUGUGAGGGUAGCCUUACCCUGCAACUAAGGAAUGUUGGCUGCAGGGUAAUGCAGGGUGUUUGCUUUUGGACUUUUUGUCUUUUAGACCUUGCUUAUUGAAACAUUGCCUACUAAAUCAUGUUAAUUCCAAGGGUCAAGAACAACAGCUUAGAAAAUUGAGUACAGGAGAGACCUUUGAUGUGUUCAAACUGUUUUAAGUUAUCUGAGUUACCUGAGAAUGUGCUUAUUUAUAAAGAUUUACCUCAGUUGUAUCUAGUUUGUACCUUAGAUUUUUUUAUAGCUUAUAGUAAAGUUUAGUUGUAGAUUUGCACUGACACUGCGUAUUAGAUUAUGAAAAACUUGAAAAGACUUUGAAAUACCUUUUACAUUUUACUCUUGGGUAGAGGCAGGUGGCAUCUUUUUAUAUUUUUUUCAUUGAAACUUUGAAGAUUAUUGGACAUAUUAUUUUGAGUGCAGUGUUUUUAAUUUUAGAAAGUUGUACUAUGAUGUAUCUUGGUGUGAAUUUCUUUUAGUUUACCCUGUUUGGGGUUUGCUUAGCUUCUUCAAUCUGUAGGUUUAUGUCUUUUGUCAAAUUUGGGAGAUUUUCAGCCCUCAUCUCUUUAAAUACAUUUUAGCCCCCACCUUCUACUCCUUUUCUUCUGGGACUCUAAUGAAAGAAAUGUUAGCUCUUUGGUUGUAGUCUCACAAGUUCCUGAGGCUCUGUUCAUUUCUUCUUGACGAUUUUUGUCUGAAUCUGCUCAAUCUGCCAUAACAAGAUAGCAUAGACUGACUGAGUGGCUCAAAAAAAUAUGUAUUUCUAACAGUUCUGGAGGCUGGGACGUCCAAGAUCAAGGUGCCUGCUGACUCUGCUUCCAGUGAGGGCUUUCCUCCUGGUUUACAGAUAGCUGCCUUCUCACUGUGUCUUCUCAUGUCUGUAGUGCAUGCAGAUGGGGGGCCAGUUGGGAAAGGGAGAGAGAAAUAGCUCCCUCUUCUUAUCAGUCCACCAGUUCUAGCAGAUUAGGACUCUGCCCUUAUUACCUCAUUUAACCCUAAUUACCCCCCUGAAAACCCUGUCUCCAAAUGAAUUCACAUUGGGGAUUAGGACUUCAACAAAAUUUUGGGGAAGAGGGGAUACGUUUAGUCCAUAACAUUCCACCCCAGCCCCCCACCGAAUUUAUGUCCUUCUGUGCAGAAUACGUUUAUUCCAUUCCAACAGCCCCCAAAGCCCUAACUCAUUCUAGCAUUAGCUCUAAAGUCCAGACCUUCAGGUAAAUAUCACCUAAAUCAGAUAUGGCUAAGACUCAAGAUACAAUUCAUCCUGAGGCAAAAUUACUCUGCAGCUGUGAACCUGUGAAACCAAACAAGUUAUGUGCUUCCAAAAUACAUUUGUGAUCUGGACAUAAUGUAGGCAUUCCCAUUCCACAGGGGGAGAAAUAGGAAAGUAGGAGGAGGGAUGCAUCCUGAGCAAGUCUAAAACUUAGCAAGGCAAAUUCCAUUAGGCCUUCGUUUCGUCAGAUCUUGUGAGAAUAACCCUCUUUUGCUCAAUGCUCUGCCUUCCAGAUCCACUGGGGUAGUGGUCCUAUCUCUGUGGUACUGCCAGGUAGCCCCUCUCCUAAGCCUCUGCAGGACAAUUCUGCCCCUAAGUCUUCCGUUGGAGGCUUUCUGUUCUGUUGAGACCAGGGUGGUGGUUCCACCCUUUGAAACAGGAGGCAUCCCCAAUGGUCUCUGAAUUGCUUUCAGGGUCAUUCUCUUUUCUUGAAGGAUAACACAUAUUCAUAGACAAAUGGCUCUCUAGUCUGGUUCUAUAGGAUCUAAGAAGUCCUAAAGCCUGCCUUCAUUUUAUUUUGUUGUUUUUCUGUCCCCUUUAGUGCCAGGUGGCUGUGUUUCUGCUGUUGUAAUCCCAUUUAUAUUCCUGGCUUCUCCUGGGGCUGCUAAACCCAUCUGAUCUAUUUAUCAAAUGGUUAUUAAGCCACACUCUUAGUGUUUUCUUUGUAGCAAAUUUUCUCAUAUUUUUGUGAUAUGGAUAGAAUUUUCAAAUCUCUUUAAUUGUGCUUCCUUGUUUCUUAAGUUCCUUUUUCACUUAAUGUCUCUCCUCUCACAUUUUACUACAAGCACUAAGGGGACCCAAGCUGCACCUUCAGUGCUUUGCUUAGAAAUCUCCUAAAUAAACAGUUUCAUCACUCUCAAGUUCUGCCUUUCAGAAAACACUAGAACAGUUCAGAGAAGUUCUUUGCCACUUUAUAAGAAGAACCACCUUUUUUUUUUUUCCAGUUCUAAUAACAUGUACCUCAUUGCCAUCUGAGACCUUGCCAGAGUGGCCUUUAAUAUCCAUAUCUCUAGCAUGUACCUCAAAACUCUUUUAGCCUCUACCCAUCACCCAGUUCCAAAGCUGCCUUCACAUUUUGAGGUAUUUGUUAAAGCAGCAUCCCCCUUCUGGGUACCAAAAUCUCAAUCUGCUUGGUCUGCCAUAACAAAAAUCCGUAGACUGGGCAGCUCAAACAACAAAUUUAUUUCUCACAGUCCUGGAGGCUGUAAGUCUAAAAUCAGGGUCCAACAGCGUUCAGUUCCUGGCUUGUAGAUGGUUGCGCUCUCACUGUGUUCUCACAUGACCUUUUCUCAGUGCAUAGGUGUGGAGAGAAAUUGGAUUGGGACCCCACCUUUAAGGUCUCUUUUAACCUUAAUUACUUCUUCAGAACCUAUCUCCAAAUAUAGUCACAUUGAGGGUUAGGGUGUCAACAUAAUGAAUUGGGGUCGUGGGGACAUAGUUCAUAACAGUUUUCUCUCUUCAGAUUGAGCAUUUUCUUUUUUUUGUUUGUUUGUUUGAGAGGGAGUCUCGCUCUCGUCCAGGCUGGAGUGCAGUGGCGCGAUCUCGGCUAACUGCAAGCUCCGCCUCCCAGGUUCACGCCAUUCUCCUGCCUCAGCCUCCCACGUAGCUGGGCCUACAGGCGCCCGCUACCAUGCCCGGCUAAUUUUUUUUUUGUAUUUUUAGUAGAGACGCGGUUUCAUCAUGUUAGCCAGGGUGGUCUCGAUCUCCUGACCUCAUGAUCCGCCCGCUUCGGCCUCCCAAAGUGCUGGGAUUACAGGCAUGAGCCACCGCCCUGGCCAAGUAUUUUCUGUUUUUAUAUCUUCAAGUUCACUAGAUCUUCCCUCUGUCCUUUUGAUUCUGCUGUUGAGACCAUCCUUGAGUUUUAUUUCAGUUAUUGUAUUUUUCAGUUCCAUUUGAUUCUUUGUUCUGUUUCCUUGCUGAGAGCCUUUCUUUGCUUAUUUUGUUUGUAUUGAGCAUGUUUGUAAUUACUCAUUGAGGCAUUUUUGUGAUGGCUGCUUUAAAAUCCUUGCAGGUUAUCCUAACAUCUGUGUCAUCUCAGUGUUGACAUCUUUGGGUUAUCUUCUCAUUUAAGUUGAGAUUUUCUUGGUUCUUGGUGUGAUGAGUGAUUUUCAGUUGAAGUCUGGACAUUUUGAGUAUUUUGGUAUGAGAUUUGGUAUCCUAUUUAAGUCUUCUGCAUUGAUAGGCCUCCUCUGAUACCACUGUGGUGGAGAAAGUGUUGCAGGGGGUGCUGCCUCAUUACUUUAAGUUGGUGUUGCAAGUCCAGGUUCACCAUUGACCUCUAAUGACUCCUGGGGCAGGGGUCCUUAAUACUGCUGGGCAAGGGUGGGAUUUACAGCUCCCCACUAGGCCUCUGCUGACACCACACUGGCUGGGGAAGAUCAGGAAUGCCUUGUUAUUGCUACUUACAUGGCCUCGAUUGACAGCAUGGUGUGGGGUUGAGGGUAACAUCAUUACUAUUGGGAAUUGGUGUAAGUCCUGACCCCCAACUUGGCUUCCACUGAAACCACACCAGUAAGGAAGAAGAGAGAUGGCUCUGGGUAGGGGGGACGCUGCCAGGGCAAUGUGUGGGGAGGGGUGGGUUUUAGAAAUCUGUCUGCUCAGUUGGUCUUCUCUGAUACCACCCCAGGGUAAAGGUGGAGGACUGAGGAGCCUUGUUACAGCCUGGUGAGGGUGGAAGUAUAGGCGUUUGUUGGCGGGGAUAGGACCAUAGCUUUCUUCUGUGGUCUUUGAAGUAGGAUUGUGGUUUUCUAAACAUUUUCUGUCUUGCUAGGCUGCUCCCUUCCCAGUCCUUUGGCUAGAAAAAGCAGAUUUUUCUUGGGGCUUUUUUUUUUUUUUUUUGGUCUGUGCCUGUUGGUGUUUCCGGGUUGCCAGCUUCUCUAGAACCUGACCUGGAAUAGACGAGGCCAUAAGAAAGCCCAAGAAAGUCACUGCUGUGUUCUUCCUCAGGUUCUGAGGUCCCUGGCCAGUCCAUUCUCUCUCCACCUUUUAGAACUUUCUUAUGUUUGCUUUGUGUAUAAUAUCCCGGAUUUUUAGUUGUAGUUAGUGAGAGCGAUAGGAGAAAGUAGUGCUCCACCUUUCCCGUGACAUCCUUGUGCUUGACACUGAAAUCACACAUCAAGUUGUGGUAUAUAUAGGGUUUGUGGUAUAUAACCUAAGGGUUUGUGGUAUAUACAGGUCAUUUGUCCUGAAGAUAAGCUGCCAAUUUGAUAGGUAGAAACUAUCAGCCUGCUUCAUCUAGCUUUGAAGGAACAAUAGUUUAUAAAUUGAGGAAACACCAGUAUUUAAUUGUAGGUUAUAAACUGGAGAAGAAUAGCUAUGACUAAGAAUAUAAACUGUAGGGUUACAUUUUUUUUAUUUGUAUUUUUGUUUGAAAAACAUAUGAGAAGCACUGGAGAACUGGACUCAGAAUUUUGGAUUUUUUUACAAUUAUAUAUUAUGUACAUGUGGCUAUCUGUUCACUUUAAUUUGCCAUAUGACAUAUGAUAUCAUAGAGAAUCAACAAAAUAAAGAAUGAAAAUAACUGAGAUUUGGGACAAGUCACCUUCAUCCUUUGAAAUCUAUUUCCUCAUAGAUAUAUGUUUUAAAAUUUAAUGCCUACUUGAGAAUGAUUGCAAGAGUUAGGUCGAAAAUGGAUGCAAAUGUGGUUUGUAAGCUAUCAGGUGCUACGUAACUAUUAGGUAUUAUUCAUAUAGUCAUUUAGAAGACAUAUCCAUCAUGUAUGCUUCACAGUGGUGUAGCCCAAUAAAAACAACUGUGAAUAUAAUGGAAUGAGGCUUUUUAUCUUUUUAAGUAAGUUUUCUGGGAUCCUGUUAAAAUCUGCAUCUUUUGAGAUAAUCAUAUGGUUCCUUUUAAUCUAUUAAUGUGGUAAAGUACAUUGAUUUUCUGAUGUUAAAGAAUCCUCGCACUUCUGGGAUGCAAUUUCGUGAUUUUUUUCUCCAUCUCUGGGGGAGUUUGUGUCCCUUGAAUUUUAGUUGCAUUCAUCUGUUAAACUGGGAUUAUUGUGUUUGUAGUGUGUGGUAUGGUUGGUUUUAGGGGCUAUUUAGAUUUACUGUUUCUUCUAGAAAGUUGUAGGUUUUUCUAAAAAUGUAUCCUUUUUGGUCAUCGAGUUGUUUAAAAUAUUUUUAUUUUCAAGUACUUGUUCUAUUUGAACUUAGUCCCUUUUUUCUUUCCUGAUAUUGCUUAUUUGUAUCCUCUCUUGGUAAUGUUUCUAGAGAUGUGUCAACUUUACUAGUCUUUUAAAAUAACUGACUUUUUGAACUUUUGCAAAAAUCAGCUUUUAUCAAAGUGCACAAUAAAAUUCACCCACUUAAAGGUGUUUGCUAUGUUUGACGAAGAUAUUACCCUUGUAACUACCACCAUAAUUGUGUGUGUGGUUAUAAUAGUUCCUUCUUCUCCUCUCCCUCCCUCUCUCCUCCUCCUCCCUAUCUUCCUCCUUCUCCUUUCACCCCUUUCUCUUUCUUCCUCCCUUCUUCCUUUCUUCCUUCCACAGUUCUGUCUUAAAAUGACCUAUGUAGACUUGUGUCACCAUCACCACAAAGGGUACAGAACAAUUCCACUGCACCAACAAAUUCCACCUGUGCUGCUUUUUUUUAAGAGUGGCUCCCCACCCCGCAUUGAGUAUAAAGGCUUUGAUUUUCAUCAGUGUUGUGUCAUUUAUUCAUUUUUAUUGCUGAGUAGUUUUCCAUGUUAGGUACCACAAUAUUCUUAGCCAUUAACCCACUGAAGCACAUUUAGGUUGUUUAUAAUUUUUAGUGAUUAUGAAUAAAACUAUUAGAAACAUUAGGUUUUUGUAUGAACAUAAAUCUUCAUCUCUGUAGGGUAAAUAUUGCAGUGAAAUGGUUAGGUCAUAUGGUGAGUGUAUGUUUACCUUUGUAACACAGGGCCAACCUUUUCCAGAAUGAUUGAUUAAUUUUGUUUUCCCACCAGCAACGUAUGAAGAUGUGGUUGCUCCAUAAUUUGCCAACACCGGGUAUUCUCAUUGUUUUUAUUUUAUCCAUUCUAGUAGAUGUGUAGUGGUAUCUCAAUGUGGCUUCAAUUUGCAUUUCCUUAAUGACUAAUGAUGUUGAGCAUCUUUUCGUGUGCUUAUUGUCCAUCUAUGUAUCUUUGAUGAAGUGUUCAAAUCUUUUGCCAUUUUAAAAGAAUUCUAUUGUUUGUUUUCCUAGUUUAGUUUUGUAGUUUGUGGCUUGUCUUUUUAUUCUCUUUUAUUCAAUUUUUAUUUCGGUGUCUUUUAUAAAGCAAAGGUUUUAAAUGUUAAUGAAGUCCAGUUUUUCCCUCUAUGGACCAUACUUUGGUGUCAUAUUUAAGAACCCCAUCCCUAACUAAUGUUUAGGAAAUUUUUCUUCUACUAGCUUAAUGAUAAUGUUUUUCACUUACAUCCAUUUUAGGUAAUUUCUAUAUAAGGUGUUAAAUAAAGGCCCAGGCUCAUUGUUUUUACAUGUGGUUAUCCAGAUGUUUCAGCAUCAUUUGUGGAAAACAUAGUGUUCCAUUGAAUUGCCUUUGCCCUUUUGUCAACAAUUGAUUGAUCAUAGUUAAGCGGGUCUGUUUCUCAGUUUUCUGUUCUAUUCCAUUGAUCUGUGUGUCCAUCCCUUUGCCAAAGCCACACAUUGUCUUGAUUACUGUAGCUUUGUAGUAAAUCUCAAAAUCAGGUAAUGUAAGCCCUUCAAAUUUAUUCUUUUUCUAAUUUAUAUGUUUCCACUGUCAUAUAUUUGUCUAUAUAUUAUGUCAAGUUUUACUUUAUAUAUUUUGACACUCAGUUGUUAUCCGAAUACAGGCUAAGAAUUGUCAAAUCUCUGGUGAUUUGAAUGUUUUCCCAUUAUGUAGCAACUUUCUUUAAACAUAAGAAUACUUUAUAACAGAUAAUAUUGGGGUUUUUUUGUGGGGGAGGAGGUUUGAAACAAGGUCUCACUCUCUCACCCAGGCUGGAGUACAGUGGUGGUGCGAUUUUGGCUCUUUGCAACCUCAACCUCCUGGGCUCAAGCAGUCCUUCCACAUCAGUCUCUCGAGUAGCUGGGAUUACAGGCAUGCACCACCACACCCAGCUAAAUUUUUUGCAUCUUUUGUAGAAAUGGGGUUUCACCAUGUUGGCCAGGCUGGUCUUGAAAUCAUGAGCUCAAGCAAUCUGCCCACCUUGGCCUCCCAAAGUGCUGGAAAUACAAGCAUGAGCCACUCUGCUCCACCACAGAUUUAUUGAGAUAUAAUUUAUAUACCAUAAAAUUCAUCCAUUUAAAAUGUGCAAUUCAGUGUUCUUUGUGUAUUCACAGAGUUGCAUGACCAUCACCACAAUAAAUCUUAGAACAUUAUCACCUCUAAAAUAAAACUUUUAGCUAUAACCUCUGCUAUGGUCUGUAUGUUUGUGUACCCUCAAAAUUCAUAAGUUGCAAUCCUAACCCCUAAGGUGAUGGUAUUAGGAGAUGGGGCCUUUGGGAAGUGAUUAGGUCAAGAGGGCAUAGCCCUCAUGAAUGAGCUCAGUGCUCCUAUGAAAGUGGCCCUAAACAGAUCACUCACCCCUUCUCCCUUGUGAGGAAACAAUGAAAAGACAGUCAUCUGUGAGCUAGAAAGUGGGUUCUCACUCACAUUUCAUUAUGCUGGUGCCUUGGACUUCCCAGCCUCCAGAACUGUAAGAAAUCAUUUAUUGUUGUUUAUAAGCUACUCAGUCUGUGGUGCAUUUGUUAUGGCAGCUGGAACAGACUAAGUUAACUCCUAACUCCUCUAUUCUCCCCAGCACUAGGCAACCAUGAAUACACUGUCUAUGUUUGUAGAUUUGCCUGUUCUGGACAUUUCAUAUAAAUGGAAUCAUACAGUCAUCAUACAGUAUAUGAUCUGGUGUGGUUUGAAGGUGUAUUAGCCCGUUUUCACGUGCUAUAAAUAACCGGAAACUAAGUAAGUUAUAAGGAAAAGAGGUUUAAUUGGCUCACGGUUCCACAAGCUUUACAGGAGGCGUGGCUGGGGAGGCCUCAGGGAGCUUACAAUCAUGGGGGAAGGCAAAGGGGAAACAGGCUCAUCUUACAUGGCCAGAGCAGGAGAGGGGGAAAGGUGCCACACACUAAAACAACCAGAUCUCAUGAGAACUCUUAUCACAAGAAUAGCACCAAAGGGGGAAAUCUGCCCCCAUGAUCCAAUCGCCUCCAAUCAGGUCCCACCUCCAACAUUGAGGAUUACAAUUUGACAUGAGAUUUGGGCAGGGCCACAGACCCAAACCAUAUCAGAAUGUGUCCCCUAAAGUUCAUGUGUUGGCAGCUUGAUCCCCAGUGAGGUGGUUCUGGGAGGUAGGGCCUAAUGGGAGGUCAAUGGAUUAUGGGGGCACCACCCUCAUGAAUGGAUUAAUACUAGUCUCGUGAGAGUGGGUCUGUUAUCACAGGAGUGGGUUCCUUACAAAAGAACAAGUUUGGCUCCCUCUUGCUCCUCUAUUGCCCUCUCUUUGCCCUUUGGCCAUGGAAUGAUGCAGCAAGAAGGCCCUCAACAGAUACUAGCUCCUUGAUUUUGGACUUCCUAGGCUCCAGAACGGUGAGGAAAUAAAUUUCUAUUCGCUAUAAAUUACCCAUUAUAGCAUUCUGUCAUAGCAGCACAAAAGGGGCUAAGACAUGGUCUUUGUGAUUGGCUUCUUUCACUUACCAUAAUGUUUUCAUAAGGUUUAUGUUAUAGAAUAUAUUAGUGCUUCAUUUAUUUUAAAAACAUUCUUUCCUUUUUUAAAAAAAUCUCAAAUGUGAUAGUACUUUUUUAUUGUGGUAAAAAACACAUAACAUAAAAUUUACCCUCUUAACCAUUGUCUUAGUUUGUUUUGUGCUGCCAUAACAGAAUACCACAGAUGGUAAUUUAUAAGGGUGGAAAAUUUAUUGCCUCACAGUUCUGGAGGCAGGGAAGUUCGAGAUCAAGGGGCUAGCAUCUGAUGAGGCCCUCCUUGCAGCAUCAUCCCAUGAUGGAACAUGGAAGGGUAAGAGAGAUAGCAAGAGGAGACUGAACUCAUGCUUUUGUAAUGGCACCAGUUGCACCCACAAGGGUGAAGCCCUCAUGGCUUAAUCACCUCUUAAAAGGUCCUGCCUCUUUAAACUCUUAACACUGGCAAUUAAAUUUCAACAUGAGUUUUGGAGGGGGUAAACAUUCAAACCAUAGCAUUCCACCCCGGCUCCCCAAAACUUUAGUCCUUUUCACAUACAAAAUACAUUCAUUCCAUCCCAAUAUCCCCAAAAGUCUUAACUGAUUUCAUAAUCAACUUCAGAUUCCAAAGCCCAGAGUCUCACCUAAAAUCAGAUAUGGGUGAGACUCAAAUCACUAUUCAUCCUAAGGCAAAUUUCCAGCUCUGAGCCUGUGAAAUUAAACAAGUUAUGUGCUUCUGAAAUACAAUGGCGAGACAGUCAUAGGAUAGACAUUUGCAAUGCAAAAAGGAGACACAGAAAAAAAGAGAGGAGAUCCUAAGCAAGUCCACUCUGUGCCUUUCCUGGGCUCGGUUCACACAGAAGCUCUCAUGGGUUGAAAUCUUGUGCCUGCAGCUCUCCCAGGCUGGUGUUGCACACUGGUAGCUCUACAGUUAUGGGGUCAUGGGAAUGGCCCUGCCCCCACAGCUCUUCUAGGCCUAGUGGGGGACUUUAUGCAGUGGCUCUGAUCCCACAGUUCCACUGGGCAUUGCCUUAGUGGGGUCUCUUUACAGUGGGGUCUCUUUACUUGUUAUAGGGGUCCCUGUAACAAGUCUCUGCCCCAGGCUGUUCAUGACAUCCUUGGAAAUCUAGGGCUACAUUUAAGAUCAGGUCAUCUGCAGAUAAUUUUAUUUCUUCCUUUCCAAUUUAUUGCUUAAUUACUCUUACUAGGACCUCUAGUACUAUGUUGAAUAGAAGUUAGUCUGGUGAGGAUCGGUAGCUGAUAAAUUGUCAGUUUCUGUUGACUGAUGACAUUUCUGUUUCUGUUUGACAUUUUUGCCUCAGUUCCUGAAAUGUAUUUUCACUGGAUGUUAAGUUCUAGGCUGCUGUUAUUUUUCUCUCAUCUCUUUAAAGACAGUGUCCUACUUUGGUUCGACUUAGCUUCUUAUGGUUUUAUAAUCAUGAAUUGUGAGCUUACGUUUUACUGGCCUUAGUAUGUAGGGAUUCUGGAAGGCCUGUGUUGUGGGGUGUUUCUCUGAAGAAGAAUUAAAUAAAUUUAUUUCUUGAAUUGAGAUUUCCUGGACUAAGCAGGAAACAUUACCUCAAAUGCCAAACUCUCCUUGGGACAGGUCUGUGGUUAUUGACUCACUAAGGGAAGAUCACCCCAUUCCUAAAUCUCAUCACCAAGUGUGGGGUUGCUUAGGCCCACGUGUCCCUGUGGGCCCCCAUUUUUAGUGGUUAGAUGCAUUUUCUACCACCUGUUUCACUAAGGGUCUCAAUCCACUGUGGUGUCCUGGAUCCAAAUCACUGCCCUGCUCAUGCCCAGGUUCUGGUCUCCUGGCUUAAGUGGCUCUUGAGUCCCAAAGUCCCAGGGAGUUAAGAGUAGCAUGCAAGGCAGGAAAUUUCUGGUUUCUUUUGUCCUUAUAAAUGAAGUAUUUUAUUAAAUGAAUUAUUUUUCAAGACAAUGAAAUAAUCGCUACCACAAUUUAUUGAUAUGGCCCUAGAAAGGAGGGACCUGAGGCUCCUCUCUCCUCCCUCCCCUCCCCUCCCCCCUCCCUCCCUCCCUCCCUCCCUCCCUCCCUCCCUUCCUUCCUCCCUCCCUUCCUUCCUUCCUUCUUUCCUUCUCCUUGUUUUUUUCUUUCUAGCACAUCUGCUUUAUCUGUGUCUAUGCAUGUUUUCCUUUUACUGAACUAUUUGCGACAGGAUUGCCGACAUCAUGGCAUUUUACUACUCAUGUCCUGUAUCUUACAAGAAUAUGUAUCAGCAUGUGUAUUUUUUUAUUUUAUUUUAUUUUUUGAGGCAGAGUUUCACUCUGUCUCCCAGGCUGGAAUGCAGUGGCGCAAUCAUGGCUCACUGCAGCCUCAACCUUCUGGGCUCAGGUGAUUCUCCCACCUCAGCCUCCCAGGUAGCUGGGACUAUAAGUGCACACCACCAUGCCCAGCUAAUUUUUUUUUUUUUUUGUAGAGACAGGGUUUUGCCAUGUUGCCCAGGCUGGUCUCAAACUCUGGGCUCAAGUGAUCACCUGCUUCAGCCUCCCAAAGUGCUGGGAUUACAGGCCUGAGCCACUGCGCCCAGAUAUUUCAUUUUCAGAGACAGGGUCUCUGCUCUGUUGCCCAGGCUGAAGUGCAGCAGCAUGGUCAUAGCUCAGUGUAACCUUGAACUCCUGGGCUCAAGCAAUUCUCCUGCCUCAGCUUCCCGAGUAUCUGGGAUUACAGGCACACACCACCACAUCCAAGUAAUUUUUUUUUUUU